AACUCAAUUUGGUGUAACGCUAUCUUAAUAACGUAUAAUUUGGUGUUGGUUUCCUUAUGUAGUAGCAGUGAGUGGUUAGAAAUGAAUCUGAAUUAAUAGUACUAUUUUGUGUGAGCCACACCAAAUUCAACCGCCACUUUAAGAUUGGUUCAAUGGCUUCGGUAAUGCUCAGUGGAACUGAAAAGCUAACUCUGAGAACCCUAACCGGAAACGGGUUGGGUUUCACGGCUUCAGAUUUUCAUGGUAAGGCUUUUCCCAGAGUGAGUUUUGUUACUACUAGCAGUGCUAGAAUCCCCAACUCUAGGAGCAUGGUGGUGCCCAAGUGUAGUGUUUCGGCUUCCAGGCCAACGUCGCAGCCCAGGUUCAUUCAGCACAAGAAAGAGGCGUUUUGGUUCUAUAGGUUUCUCUCUAUUGUUUAUGACCAUGUGAUUAACCCUGGCCAUUGGACCGAGGACAUGAGGGAUGAAGCCCUUGAACCCGCUGAUCUCAGUUCCAGGGAUAUGCUUGUUGUUGAUGUUGGUGGUGGCACGGGUUUCACCACUCUGGGAAUUGUCAAGCACGUGAAUGCCAAAAAUGUCACCAUCCUUGACCAGUCACCCCACCAGCUUGCUAAGGCCAAGCAGAAGGAACCACUCAAGGAAUGCAAGAUAAUCGAAGGGGAUGCUGAGGAUCUCCCCUUUCGAACUGAUUAUGCUGAUCGAUAUGUAUCUGCAGGAAGUAUUGAGUAUUGGCCCGAUCCGCAGCGAGGCAUCAAGGAAGCUUACAGAGUUUUGAAACUUGGAGGCAAGGCGUGUCUAAUUGGUCCUGUGUACCCAACAUUUUGGUUGUCUCGUUUCUUUGCAGAUGUUUGGAUGCUCUUUCCCAAGGAGGAGGAGUAUAUUGACUGGUUUCAAAAGGCAGGGUUUAAGGAUGUCCAACUGAAAAGGAUUGGCCCAAAAUGGUAUCGUGGAGUUCGCCGUCAUGGCUUGAUUAUGGGUUGUUCUGUGACCGGUGUUAAACCUGCAUCUGGGGAUUCUCCUUUGCAGCUUGGUCCAAAGGAAGAAGAUGUUGAAAAGCCCGUCAAUCCAUUUGUCUUCUUAAUGCGCUUUCUUUUGGGUGCCUUGGCAGCUACAUGGUUUGUGUUGGUUCCUAUUUACAUGUGGCUCAAAGAUCAAAUUGUUCCCAAAGGUCAGCCAAUCUAAGUAAGAGAUAUUGGUAGUUAAACCUUUUGAUACUUAAUCAACUUCUAGUUCAAAGUUUCAUCCAAUUUACGUGCAACUAAGAAACAUCUAUCAAACGUCAAUUAGUUUAUUAUGGAAUUGAGCUCAAUUUUUA